AUGGCGUCGUCGUAUCCACCUGCAUCGAAACCUAUACAAUCUCUCACCCUUCAUGAGAAAUUGUUGAAAAUUGGUCGAAACAUUCCAUGCACGGCUGACGUUCAGUCAGGUAAUGUGCACAAUAAGUGUAGUUGUCUUGGUUGGAAACCAAAGAUCAACAAUACUGGACGUGCGGAUUUAUGUGAGUGUGGCCACCGUGUUAGCUGGCACGGCAACAAUAAUUCGUCACCAGAGGAAUUACAGCAACGCCUCGAAAUAGCCAUGAGGAUCGAUAAAAUUUUGGAGUCAAAAAAUAAACUUCUCGAUUUUGAAUACGAAGAUCAAGAAGUGAAGAAUCUGAAACGGCAACUCAUUUCAAUAUGCGAAACAUCUUCUAACAAUCCAACCAAACGAAAGUUUACUGACGAUACUGAUUCUAGUCCUAAUGGGCGUAAAAUGAUCAAUCUUGAGAUUACCGUUGCUGACAAAUCGGCUAUGAUCGAGGAACGUGAAGGUGUUAUAGCUAUGAAAAUUUUAACAAAUGACGGUGCUAUUGAAAAUCUUAGACUGUUGACUGGUCUAAAAAAUCUGAUUAAAAUUCAGUUGCCUAAUAUGCCUCCGGAGUAUAUUACUCGUCUUGUAUAUGAUAAGCAACAUUAUUCCUUGUCAAUUGUCAAAGACAAUAGUCGUGUUGUUGGUGGGAUUACCUAUAGGUUGUUCCCAAAGAAUAAAUUGGCUGAAAUUGUUUUUUGUGUAGUUAGUUCAACAGAGCAAGCCAAGGGAUAUGGUUCUCAUCUUAUGAAUCAUUUAAAGGAUCACCUUAAAGAAAAUAAAGGUAUAAAAUAUCUGAUGACCUAUGCUGACAAUCACGCCAUGGGUUUCUUUAAGAAAAAUGGUUUCACAACCGAUAUUACAUUAGAGAGAAAUUUAUGGAUGGGUUUCAUUAAGGAUUAUGAUGAAGCCACGAUUAUGCAGUGUACGAUGAUCGAUAAAGUACAAUACCUUCAACUCCACAAGAUUCUUGCUAAACAAAAACUGGCUAUUCGAAUUAAAAUAGAUGAACAGAAAAAAAAUACACUUGUAUAUCCGGGUUUGAAAUACUUUAAAACUAAUAAACAACCUCUCGAUCCAAUGUCGAUUCCAGGGAUAAAAGAAUCAGGAUGGACACCAGCAAUGGAGGCUCUUGCGCGUGGAAAUAAAAAAUCUAUUCGCAAUAUUAUGAUAAACAUUACUUCAGAAUUAAAAAAGCAUCCAAGGUCAUGGCCAUUUCGAACUCCAGUUAAUGGGGAUGAAGUUCCUGAUUAUUACAAAGUUAUCAAGAAUCCAAUGGAUCUUUCUAAAAUAGAAUCUAAAGUAGAAAAUAACUGUUAUAAAUCUAUUGAAGAGUUCGCACAUGACGUACGGAUUAUCUUUCAUAAUUGUCGAGUUUACAAUUCGGAGGGUACUGUUUAUGUUAAAUGUGCAUCGGGACUUGAAAAAUAUUUUGAUGACCGGUUAAAAUUUUACGAUGUGCCUGUUAGUGCAGGUAUUAAGAAGUAG